AUGGAUACACAUACCCAUUUAGAAGAUUUAUCAAAUGAAAUUUUCUUCGAAAUAUUUGAUUAUUUACAUGCACUUGAUAUUUUUACUGCUUUUGCUUCAUUGAAUAAACGAAUUUUGUCUAUUCUAAAAUCAAUUUUACUUCAUGUUAUCAUCUUAAACAGUCAUUAUGAUCGAGAAAUACAAUUUCUUUCUUCUCAUCUUACUUUUCAUGGUCAUCAAGUCAUCUCACUAAAAAUUCAUGAUACAAUUCGUGAUCGUGUACCUAUUAUUAGUUUACUAUUUAAAUGA